GCGCUCCAAAGACACAUGCUGGGUGCGCGCGCACGUGGUCGUGAACGUCAGUGAGAGAGAGAGAGGGAGAGAAAAAGAGAGAGGCAGAUACGGAGUUUGAGAGAGCCGUACAGCCACCCAAAGACCGUCCCGUGGAGCUAUACUCUCAUUACGCACAAUUACGCACCGACAGGUACUUUGUUCCGGAGAGCCCUCGGUGUGACGGGGCGGAUUCUUCAUGCAAUAGGAGGAAGAGUUGUUUUCAUCCAUACUGAGGCUUUUCAUCUUGAACAGUUCUAUAGCUGAGCAGAGCCCACACAGGAAUGGUGGAUCACCUGCCCCUUGGUGAGGAGACCUUCCUGUACUACACUCACUCCCCGGGAGCGGACUACCCCUGCUUUCACACCGGCGGUGCUUUAUCCCAGGGUGCUAUGGUAACGGACGCCUGUAUCAGCCACAGUCAACAACCUUACCCGGGGGUGACCCUGUCCCUCUCCUCGGGUAUGACACUGUCUGAAGAUGACCUGAGUGACUCGUCUAGUCCCCGCUCAUCUCUGUGCUCCAGCCCAGAGUCCCUGUCUCCGUCCUCGCACCACACGUUUGGGUCCAGCUAUGAGAGCAGGAGCAACUGCAGCAGUGGGAGCUCCUCAGGCGAGAGCCAGGACAGCCUCCUGGACCUGCUCCUGUCCCAGUCCAGCCUCAACAGCUCAGCCCCUUAUCAUCACGGCAGCACCACCUCCCUCUCUUCAGACGUCUCAUCCCCUCCUUCUUCACUGUCCUCAUCACCCACUGCACCACAGUUACCCAUGGGUCUGUCCUGGGAUUUUAAAAAGGAGCAGAGGGUCAGCCUCCAGCACCAAGCCAAAGAGGACUGUUAUGAGUUCCCUGUCUUCCUGGAUGAACUGCAAGACCCGGCGGCGCUCCUCUUCCAGCCCACCUUGGAGGAAAUCGAGGAGUUCCUUGAGGAGAACAUGGUGGUGGCCAUGGGCAGAGAUGAGGAGGCUAGUGAUGAAGAGAUGUCCCCCAUGUCCCAGGAUGCAGACAUGGACAUUAUAACAGGUUCUGCAGAGACCACAUUAGAACAACAGACAGCAGAUCAGACUGUACCUGUGGCUUUUGCUGCUACAAACCCUUCGUCUUCCUUCACAGAGACCAAACCCACACCAGCACUUCUGGACAAGGACAACAUACAUUUACCAAUUGACACCAAUGGCAUCAAGCAGGAGGACCACCCUUCACUAAAAGAGGGCACCAACGCCCAAUCUGGUGUGCCUGUUAUCCUGCAGAUCCAGCCCAUUCAGAUCAAACAGGAACCCACCACAAGUGCAAUUUCUGAUUCUAGCAACCAGCAACAGCAAAAAACUCAAACCACGAAUGCCGCAUCAGACAUCAAAAUCGCCCAACUUCUCGUCAACAUCCAGGGUCAGACAUUUGCCUUGGUGCCUCAGCUACUUCCAACCACGAGCUUGGCCAAUGCAAGCAAAACUGGAAGCAACAGUCCUUCCAAAUUUGUGAGGAUCGCACCCGUACCCAUUGCAGCUAAACCAAUUGGGCUUGGCGAAGGAGGGCUAGGGGGAGGUGUGGCUGCUGGGGUUCUUGGCGGAGCUCAGAGGUACCCGAAAAGCGCCGUAGCGGACCUGAUAAAAAUGCACAAGUGUUCUUUUCCUGGAUGCAAUAAGAUGUACACCAAAAGCAGCCAUCUUAAGGCCCAUCUCAGGAGACACACGGGGGAAAAGCCAUUCGCCUGCACCUGGCCUGGAUGUGGUUGGAGGUUCUCCCGGUCAGAUGAGCUGUCCCGGCACAGGCGCUCUCACUCCGGAGUCAAACCGUACCAGUGCAUCGUCUGUGAGAAGAAGUUUGCCCGCAGUGAUCACCUGUCCAAACACCUCAAAGUGCACCGCUUUCCACGAAGCAGCAGGACAGGACGCGCCACCAACUGACACCCCCAACCCCUGCUCAGACCCCCACCGUGCAAAGACCCCCACCCAGGCCCCCACCCGCCCGCUCAGGACAGACACACAGACAGCCUGCGGGACGGGGCUGUGGAGGGGCUGCUGGGGCUAUGGGACUGUACGUGUGUGAGUGAGUGUGCGUGAAAGAGUGAGAGAGGAGAAGGGUGGUUGAGUCCAAACACCCUUUAAAACGUGUGUGCGGGACUGGGGCUCUUGUGUUAGCCGUGUUUAUGUUCAAAUAUGUGCGCGUGACGUACAUUCUGGUACUGUGAUAAUUUAUUGGGUGGCGAGGAAUGGACUGUAAAAAUAAGCCUGAUUGAAAACAGAAAACUGUUACUUGACAUAACACCUUCACAGGUGAAAUAAGCUUCUUGUAUAUUACAACUGUAUUUGUCUCGUUCAAAUCCUUUAGCUAAUCUAAUUUGAAGACAAAUGAGCUAUUGAGUGUAUUUUUACACUUUUUAAUUGUGUGUUUUGACAUUGAAAUGCCUUAUUUCAGUAUAGCAUCUCUGAGGGAUGUGCUCUGAACACUUCUGUGACGCGUUGUAAAUGUAGAUAUAUAUUUGAUAUGUGAUGUAUGCCAACAAAAGGGAAACCAGUGGUAAAUGAUGGGAAAUCAUGGCGGGGCCAACCAAAAAUAAUAAUCUAAAAAGUGUUGGUAACUGGAAACACAGAACGCAUAUCGCCAUGUGCAGCCUAUUGUAGCAGUAUUAUCACGACAAUAUCCUUUUGACAAUCAUGUACAGUAUUGGGUCAGACAUAUCUGGUUUGGAAACUCAUAAAUUCUGGAUUCCCUGUUAACCAGAACAGAUGGAAAAUUAGAAGGUAAUUCUUGGUUUUAUGUUUAGAAAUACCCAAAGUAUGGCCACUACAAUGCAAUUUAUUGUCCCACCCACACUUAGACAUGAACAUUCCUUUAGCUUGAAGAAGCCUCUUGUUGUCAGUGUGUCAAAGAGUUGAAUUAGAGCCAGUGAUGCCUCUGUAAGUUUAUAAUUAUCUCUGGUCCUUUGCCCAACCAGAUCAUUUGGAUUUUUAUCCAAUUUUGUGGUAUGGCCUGGCUUACAAAUCCAAACUCAUUGUAUCAUCUGGUUCACAAAUGUUUUGAACCAAAGAAAGCAUCAAGAUAAUGACAAACAAUCCUCCCAGACACAUGUGGUGCUCCGUGAGAAGAGCCAUUGGGAGACAACAUUUUGGGUUAUGUAACUUUUUAUUUACUUAAAGUUUUUUACUGCCACUCAAUGAAGAGCAGAGAUGUGUACGACAACUGGAUGUACAACUCAAAGUUUAACUGGUAACUGGAAAGUAUAAAGGCAUAAAAUUAUAUUGUUUAAACCAUAUCAAGAACAGUGGGCCAUUGUUUAGUGUAUCGUUUUAUCACAUAUAUGAGCACUGUUCAUUUCGGACAGUGGAUGGCCUGAUUUACAUUUACAUCUCUAUUUCUAUUCUGGUUCUAUGUCCCUAAGGGCUCCAAUACUGAUGUGACAGAUGUGCGCUUACAACACUGUAUCUUACCAAGUGGCACUUAUUCACCAGGUUAUGUAAAGUAAAAAUAAGUAUGCAAGAAAAGCCAUAUGAUAUCAUUGAACUUGAAGGUGCCCUUUGCAACUUUUCAGGUAGCAGGUCUGUCACCUAAUUGUCUCCAUGGAGAUGUUACUGAUUUACCUGUAAUGUAAAAUUUAAAAAGUAAAUUACAAAGUUGCCUCUCCACAGAUCUGACCAAUAACUUGGCCUUAAGUGUCACAUGCUUGUUUCUUUAGACAUGGAAAGGACAGCAAAGUCAUCUCCGUGGAAACAAGCAGUUGGCAGACCCUCCAUCGGAAAAAUUACACAGUGCACCUUUAAUUCAUGAAGAUGCUUUCACAUUAAGAUGUAUUUUUUUCAACAUACCUCAAAAUAAUGUAGAAAACAAAACACAUUUAAGAUUUAUAUGAAUACUGAGGCCCCUACUUUACGCACCAAUGACUGUUGUGUCUUCCGCGUGUGACCAUGCUGCAUCCCACUUGAACCAAAUAGGGGACUGGAUAAGCUCUUUGCUCAGUAUUGUCCCAGUGAUGUGAUAAAGUGUUGUCCUUAAAGGGCCUAUAUUGCACAAAAUUGACUCAUGUGAACUUUUAGUCAUGUUGGAAUAUUGUUACCUUCUCGAAAGCAUACCUGGGGUUGUGUUUUGUUUCAUUCACACAUGUUUGAGUAAUCUUGGUGUAUAUGUCUAGCCUGAUUCAUCAGAUGGUUUCACUUUGUGGAAACAGUCUGAUCUCACAGCAUUAGGAUUUGUUCGCUUCAUGGUAGGAGGGUACCUUUUUUUUUAUUUAACCAGUCGCUGCUGUUAUGUUGUGACUUAUGUAAUGCACCAAAUCCCGUAGGAAGAAGGGCAAUAACGUCUUUCCCCUUGAUAAAAUUCACAAAACAUUCUCUUUGUUUCAGUUUUAAAUCCUCGAUCUUGGGAAUCAUUGUCAACACAGAAUGUAUGGCUCUGUCUACAUCCAUCUCAACCACUUUGUUUACUGUUGUGUUGUACCACAAAAGGGACCCAGACAGGCGCUUGAGUUUGAAAUCAUGGCUUCACAGCUCUUCGCUGAUUGGUCCAGUGCGCGAUCUACAACUUCUGGAGUUCUUGCAAACUGUUUAGUGUUUUUCGAUUCCUGACCUGGCAAUAAUGUGUCUGUCCACAUCUCCAAAGCUCAAAAUGCUCUGUUCCAGACCAAAUUAACAGCUACCUUUUACACUUUGUUCAGUAGAGAAUGGCAGCUCCAGGACCGAAAUAAUCUAAAUGAUUUUAGUGAAAAUGUAUGGAGUUAAACAACACAGUGGAGCACUUCCUAUAUUACCACAUGGUAUUACACGGUGGAACUGAGUGUUUCCCAUUUGAGAGAAGAACUAUGAACUAAGAAAUAUGCAGGAUGUCUGAUAAAGGUGUGAAUGAAAUAAAACACAACUCCUGGUAUGUUUUUAAUGAGGAAACAACAUUAUAAUAUAGAUCAGAAAAUAGUGUAAUAUGGGCCAUUUAAUGUACUUUGACAAAGCCUGAUGAGCACCUGAGAGACGCCUGUAUGGAGGAAAUGUGCAGCCAUACACCCAGAAGAAUGAGGGCCUGUUCACUGGGCCUGUGAAUGUAUGUAAAUAUUGUAUAUGCAUCCAAGAGGAGACAUGAACUAUUCUUUUAGUGAUUUCUGUGAUUUAAAGAUUUUUAAGGCUAUGUAAAUAACAUGAUCAUUCAUAUAUAGUGGGUAUAAAUGCAUAAGUGUUUACACAUCAUGGUUAAAUGGCCGAGAAGCUUUUCAUCCAAGGUUUGGUUUUUGCUUCCUGUACCUUAUUGUUCAUAAUGAGCCAUCAAAUGUGCCUCUUUUAAUUGUGCUCUGUAAACACUUAACAGGAAAAAUGUUCAAAAUGAUAUAUAUAUUUUUGUUGCUUUUGUUCUACGUAAAUCCAUUUACAAAUAAAAAUUUAAAA